UUGAGAUAAAGUCACUGUGAUAAAUCAGCAUUUUCUGCCUGAAAAUUGAGUUUCAACGAAAAGUAAGAGACCUCUACAGUGGCGGGAACUUGGUAUAACAGUUUUUUAGAACACCGGCCACGCUGUUUUGUUUACAUUUUAGCCGGACCGGACUGAUAAAAAUCGCGAAGACAAUGAACAAUAUUGGAGGAUUUUCAGAUUUCUGCAUUCCCUACACAAGUAAACACCACGAAUUAGUGGAUUUACUAGAGACCCUGAUAAAGCUUGGAUACAGAAAUGUUGCAAUUGAACAGCAAUUUGAUAAUACGACGUACGAGAAGAGUAAGUCCGCCAAAAGGACAGGAGAUGCCUUCCCGCCUCCGGUGAAUCUUGAAUUCCUCGGUGACUUGAGGAAUAAGAUAAAAAUUUACUCCCGUCUGACAAUUAUCUACAGUGAUAAUGCGGUAUCGCAUCAUAUGGGAACAUCGCAGAAUAUCAGGAAGUACGAUUUGAUAGCUGGUCUUCCCAUGACAGAGGCUAGUCUUCAGCACUGCUGCCAGACGUUCAACGGAGACAUUAUCACAUUCAACACGGAUGAGAAGUUCAUGAAGUGCUCCCGGAAAUUCUACAAAUUGGCAAUUCAGCGAAAUAUGUUCUUCGAAAUUCAGUACGCUCCAGCAAUUGUGGACAGAUCCAAACGGAGAUGUAUCAUAAGGAAGGCUCAUGGGUACUAUUCCAUGGGAAAGUCAGAGAACAUUAUAAUCUCCAGCGGAGCUACGAAUGCUUUCCACUUGCGAGGACCGUACGAUGUUGCCAAUUUGGGGCUGAUUUUUGGACUGAGCGAGGAGCAGUCUAAGAAUUCCUUGAGGAACAACUGUCGGAGUGCCCUUCUGAGGGCUUCCGGAAGGAAGAAUGGGUGUGUUAUUGUCGUAUCUAGUGGAAAGGUUGCGAGGGAGGAGUCUGAUGAUGACUCAGAGAGCAUGGACGAGGAAAUGGAAGAUGCUGAGAUUCCGUGCAAAAAGGCCAAAUAUUCUUCCAAAAAUUGAUCAAUUUCUAUUAUCGAAUAUUCUUUUGAUAAUAAAAUAUCUCUCCACUUACCUUUUUUAUCACUGAAUUGGAC